GCCGGAGAGCCGAAGCUGCCGGAAGUACCUGCGCGCGGGGGCCGCUGGGAUGCGAUUCCGCCCGUGCUCCGUCCUUCGCUCCUUGUUCCGUCAGGCACUGUGAGGGGUCAGCGUGAGGUCGGUGGGGUUAGGAACGCGGCGGCGGCGGCGGCGGCGGCGGCGGCUCCUCCUCCAAGAUCUGAGCAGGUACGGGGUGCCAGAACAGGAUGUACACGCUGCUUUCGGGAUUGUACAAGUACAUGUUCCAGAAGGAUGAAUACUGCAUCCUGAUCCUGGGCCUGGACAAUGCUGGGAAGACGACUUUCCUGGAACAGUCAAAAACACGCUUUAACAAGAACUACAAGGGGAUGAGUCUAUCCAAAAUCACCACUACCGUGGGUCUAAACAUUGGCACUGUGGACGUGGGAAAGGCUCGUCUCAUGUUUUGGGACUUAGGUGGGCAGGAAGAGCUGCAGUCUUUGUGGGACAAGUACUAUGCAGAGUGCCAUGGUGUCAUCUAUGUAAUUGAUUCCACUGAUGAAGAAAGGCUGUCAGAAUCAAAAGAGGCAUUUGAGAAGGUGGUUUCGAGUGAAGCACUGGACGGUGUUCCCAUCCUGGUGUUGGCCAACAAGCAGGAUGUGGAGACUUGCCUCUCCAUUCCUGACAUCAAGACUGCAUUCAGUGACUGUACCUGUAAGAUUGGCCGGCGAGAUUGUCUGACCCAGGCCUGCUCUGCCCUCACAGGCAAAGGAGUUCGAGAGGGCAUCGAAUGGAUGGUGAAGUGUGUCGUGCGGAAUGUUCACCGGCCACCACGGCAGAGGGACAUCACAUAAGGACCUCCAACCUCAGUCUUGGACUGUUCGUCUCCUAGUGUUGGAAGAGUAUUCUCUGCUGGCUUCUAUCCUACUGACACUGGGGGUUGAGCUGCCUUUGUCUGUUCAUUCUUUUAUUUGCUUUAUGUUUUCUCUAAGACAAACUUUUCUCUGUGUCUGGAAAAGUGUAGGUAUUCAGAGACAAACAUGGGGCACGCCAACGAUCCAAAUCUACAUGCCCUACACCUCCAUCCCCUGACAGAGAUUUAGAGCCCUGCCUGAUAGACAUGUCAGGGUCUGGAACCCUCCCAACCUUGUGAGGACAGGGAGGCAUGAGGCCAUGCCUAGGCCUGUUAGUUAGCCUGGUUCAAAGUGGAAUUUGAGGUCAUCCUACUUGAAAGGGUGUGUGGGGGGGGGGUUGUUCCUGUGACAGCUAGCUGUUUUGUCCAGCUUGCCCAUGGAGAAGGUGGGAAUGGCCAAGGCUUACCUCACUUGGAGAAAGAACCCACAUCUGAGACCAGCAUGGCCCCUAGUUGUUUUGUGUGGAGUUGGAUAUACGUGUGGAAGAGACAAGAUUUCUCUGUAGCCCCAGUUAAUCUCCGCCUCCUUCCCUAUAUCUGUGGGGAUUACAGGUGGGCAUCACACUGAGUUUUCUACUAGGUUCUGAUACACUCUCAGAACAGGGUUCAGUAGACCUGCCUGGGAAGCCUAAGUUCCCUUAUUAACUCAUUCUCAGUCUGCUUUUAUCUCCUAAGGAGAGAGCUGAUCUUACUGGUGUGUGUUUCAGUACACCCAUAUACAGGUUGUGUGGUAUCCCAAGGACACAGAUUUCACUAUAUCUCCAGAUGUGUGUGAGGUAUAUGUUCCAUGUAAGGUGCAGGUUCCUGGGGAGGCAGCAGCUAUGCUGGGACUGGCCAUGCCCACUAGACCUACUGGGUUAAAAUUUUCAUCAUGUGGUCAGGACAAUGUUUAAAAUAAAGGCUGCCUGUCUAACCAUCCCUUCAAUCAGUUAGAUGGUGGUUCCCUAUUGUCCAGGCUAGCAGUUAUAGCCAGAACCUGCUCUUCUGGAGUACCUUCUGAGUAGGGUUCUCUUCAGGGAGGUUUGGAGUUGUGGCUAAGCCACCGGUUCAAGAAAAAUCUAGUGGCUCCUUGUCCAAGUCAGGUCAACCUCCCCAUGGGGGCCUGGGAGGGGCAAUGGAGAAGUUAAAAUCAGGAGGGGAUAGAUACUGAUUCAAGGAACUGUCCUGCACAUAGGUGUCUAGGAGCUUGGUUGAAUCAUUCCUAGAGGACCCUCCUGGGAAUUAAGAGUAGGUUGCUUAAAAAAUGGUCAAGCUAAGGGGAUAUCCUCUAGCAGAGGGUACAAGAUAUCACUGGUGUCUUUCUGGCCAUCUUUACUCAGUUUUGUCAACACUGGAAAAUAAGGGUUCCAUGGGGUGACCCUUGGGACACCUUAUGGUGGACAGGGAACAGAUAGUCCUUCCUAUGGGUGGUGGUCAUCCUGGUGUGGAGCUUGCUGGCUUGGAAGCAUAGUGGGAUGAAAGCUUCCCACAACUUGAGAGUAAUUGUUUUGCUGAAAUGAUUAGCUUUAUAAAAAGUAAAUAUGAAGAAGUCUAAAGUUGGGGUGACAUUGACUGCAAGCGUAGAAUAAAGUCCUGUGUGCAGUAAAGAGUUAGCCAGUCACAAGGAAAUCUGUACAUAAGCACCUCUAUAGCUGGGGCAGCCUACCCUUCAUCAGCAACUGAAACAAUUGUGGCAAUGGUGCCUGGUCCUGAACUUCACUAAAGUUAGAGCACUCCUGUCAAAGC